AUGGCAUUAUAUUACAGAUUCAUUUCCUUCUUCUGCUUCACCUUGUGGAUCAAUUCCAUCCUUUCGUCAACACCGAUAGGCGACUGGGAAGACAUCGCGGCCAUCGAGCAGUCCCACAGGCACCAUGUCGCCCAAUCCGGAUCAAAGCACUUGCGGAGAAACGCCAUAUUUCGAGCAGGGCGUGCAGGUUACUGGAGGCCAUUGUCUCCAAGCCAGCGGCCAGAUCCCUCAGAAGACUUCUCAGAUCAGUUGAACGGACUAAUUGGCGAAAUUGGAAGUGCGAUUGAACAACUGAUUGAGUUGCUUGCUUCGCAAUUCAACAUUGGAACUCUGUCGCCUGCUCUUGUCUCGCCAGCACAGACAACUAUAUUCCCUAUCACGAAUAUCAACACUCCUCCGUCUUUGACGACCCCGCCAAGCUAUGUAACUUCAACCACAACACACACCCCAGCAUUCAUCUCCUCCUCCUCCUCCUCGUCGUCGACGGCAACGUACACAUUCAACCCACAAGCCUCCGACCUCAGUGUGGUCUACUACUCACAAACGGACCUUACACCUGUCAUACCGCUGACUCAGGUUUGCAAUGACCCUGCCAUCGAUGUUGUCAUCCUCGCAUUUGUCACAAACCUCAUUUCCGACGGUGGAUAUCCUGCUAUGAAUAUGGCAUCAAAUUGCUGGGCCCCCAACGCGGAUCAACAAGCCGCUGGAGCCACGAAGCUUCUCGACUGCGUCGGUGACGGCUUCGCAAGCAAGAUUGCCACGUGUCAGCAACAGGGGAAGAAGGUCCUGCUCAGUCUCGGCGGGUCUGUGGGAAAUCUGACAAUGCCGAGCAACGACAAUGCUGUAGAGGUCGCCAAUACACUAUGGAGUCUAUUCUUAGGUGGAUUGGACCCUAGCCUGAUGCCUCUGAGGCCUUAUGGAAACGUGGUUCUUGAUGGUAUUGAUAUUGACAAUGAAUUGCCAUCUGCUGCGAUGUAUAUCCCGAAGUUAGUGUCGACGUUACGACAGCUAAUGGGUUCCGACACUUCCAAGACAUACUACCUCUCUGCCGCGCCGCAAUGCCCCAUUCCGGACCUGUCCAUCCCUGUUGCGAGUCUGCUUAAUGAGAUUGACUUUUUUGGCAUCCAAUUUUACAACAACCCAGCGUGUCAACUUAGCUCUGGCCAAGGAUUCUUGGGGUCCUUACAAGAGUGGUCCAGCGACCUCCUGGGCGCCAGUUCUCCGACCCGGCUAACGAAGAGAUCUUCACGCAUCCAGGCUCGACAACCUUCCCAUACGUUCCACAACAUCAACAACGGGAUCACGUCCCCGCGACUGUUAAUCGGCACGCCCGCUUUUCCACUCGCAGGAAGCGGCUACGUCGACGUGGCGACCUACAAAUCGAUCCUCGCGCAGGUGAAGAGCAUGAACCUGCCGAAUCUCGCAGGCGCAAUAUUCUGGGACGGCGCGUACCAGGAAGUGAGCAGGCAGAGGAUCGACAACAGUGGCCGGAACGUGACGUUCGCGGAAGUGGUCAGGGAGAUUUUGGCGUAG